CCGUCCCCAUCGGCCGCGCCCCAGCUGCUGGCCUGCUGCUGCAGAGCUGCCCGCCCGCCCCGAAGCUUGAGCACAAGACCCCAUUCCCUUCCUUCGAGGAUCGGAUCGGAUCGGAUCGGAUUUCUCAGAUCAGAUCCACCGCUGCCGUCUCCGGCCGAUUCUACUCCAUCCAGUCCGGUCCAGCUAAUAUCAGGAUAUGGCGGCAAAUGUCGGGGAAUCGACAAGCGGCAGCAGCAGCGGCGCUGAUGCUGGGGGUAGCUUUGAGUGCAACAUAUGCUUUGAGCUGCCACAGGAGCCGAUUGUAACGCUCUGUGGCCACCUUUUCUGCUGGCCAUGCCUUUACAAAUGGCUGCGCAUCCACUCGCACUCGCCAGAGUGCCCAGUGUGCAAGGCUGUUGUCGAGGAGGAUAAGCUCGUCCCCCUGUAUGGCCGUGGCAAGGACCGCGUCGACCCAAGGUCAAAGAACGUCCCAGGGGCUGACAUUCCCAACCGGCCAGCUGGGCAGAGGCCUGCAACUGCUCCACAGGCCGAUCCUAACAACCACUUCCCCAAUGCCGAUCCUAACAACCACUUCCCGCUGGCCAAUGCACGGUGGGGGAACUAUACGUUCUCGGCUGCGUUCGGGGGUUUGUUCCCGCUGCUCAGCUUCCAGGUGCAUGGGUUCCCUGAUGCAACAGCUUAUGGUCAGCCGGCUGGGUUCCCUUACGGGUAUGGGCACGGCCAUGGGCAUGCAUUUCACGGUGGGCAUGCAGGGCAUGCUCACGCCGCAGCUCCCCGGCAUGGACCGCAUGGGCAGCAGCAGCAGCAGGCGGAUGUGUACCUGAAGGCGCUGCUCAUCCUGGUUGGAUUUCUUGUGAUCGCAAGCCUCAUCACUUUCUAGGCCUGCUUGUUGGUGUCAUACUGUUUGUCAGAUUUGCUGGUAAUAAGUGAGAGAAAGACAUACAAGACAAUUGCCGUGGUGAUACGAUUCCGAUGUUGCUGUGUGCGUUUACCUAGCUCUCCAUGCAGGACCAAAUACGAAUGGAGUGGUGCGUCUGCAUGGAAGUGUUGACAGAGAAAUUGGUGUACAUACUGUUUGGAUGUGGUAUACUGCGGUUUUGAUUAUACAAGAAUAAUUUGGACAUGUGUUUGCUUGAAUGAAACGUAGCAAGGGCAUUUUGCCCUACAUGUAAAUUGUACUUUUUGAUGAAUCUGUAAUGAACUAGCAAGGCAUGCAGUUGUUAAGAUGGGAUGAGUCCAACAGCUGAUGUUUAAAUUUAUAUGGGACUGAUGUUUAUAGUUGAACUAGAUU